AAAAAACUGUCCACAACCUGCACAAGAGGAAUAUUUCAAACCGUUCUACCACAUUUUGUUUGGCUGCAAACAGAAGUAUGUACGGAAACUGUUACCAGCAGAUUUGUAUAAAAGUCAGUGUUCGUAAAGGUCGUGUUGAAUAUUCUAUCCUAAAUGUAAGUUAGCCAGGGCUUACGAGCUAGCAUUGCAGCUAGCAGUAUAUUGUUAAUGCUUUAAUGGCGAAAACAGCUGAUUUCUUUCACUUGGUAACUGAAGUGUUGUCUCGGGACUGUGACGGUUAACGUUAUUGGGAUUUAAUUUGCAAGCGGCUUUCUUGUAUCUGGAGGACAGUGUUAGAGCUAUUUUAGAGAAGCCAGUUGACCUUUCAGCGGACGAGCUAGCAGCUUCUGUAGCAAAACAGUAAUGUGACGACGUGUUGUGUGACCAGCUAGCAAUGGUGCAAGGACUGGGGAGCGUCAUCAGACCAGCAGAAACAAAAGAUUGUGUGUUCAUCUGUCCAACAAAACAUGCCUUCUACUCUGCACUGACCAUUAAAAUGGUGUGACAACUGUCAAAAGUCCUGUGUGACAGACUUCCUUCAGAGAACUGGAUACAACCUCCACGGAAGAUGGAGGACUCUCCUCACUUAUACAUCUCUAAUUUUAGUGACAAUCAGGAUAUGGAGGAGAGGGAGGAUGAGGACAUUUAUCAAGAGGAAACUAACAUGGAACCAGACAUGAUCAAGUCACUGUACCCAGAUCUUCAUAAACAUCCCUCUCAGAAUACUGAGGGAGACUGGAACUCGUUUCCCUGCCAGCAUUGUGAGAGACAUUUUACCAGCAAACAAGGCUUAGAUCGGCACAUGCACAUCCACGCUAUAGCGAACAAUGAGGCACACCCAUACAAAAGCAAUAUGAGCAACAUGUCUUUUGGUUCAAAUCUGGGUCAGUUGCAGCAUGAGAAGAUGAAGCCUCUGGAUUCAGAGGACUCAGUCAUGCAGCUUCAUAUUUCAUCCCCGACUAGCUCUAAUACUUCCAUUUUGUCGGCUGGAGACCACACUGCUCAAGCAGACGAACAGGGAGUAUUAGACGACCAUCAUGCUUGCAAGUACUGUGAAAAGAUAUUCACUACACAUACCAACAAGCGACGGCAUGAGCGCAGGAUCCAUGAGCAGCACCUGCAACUCUCACGUGUAGAAAAAACCCAGCUACCCCAAGAGGAAAAUCUUCAGACGAUAUUCAGUGAAACAUCUCAACAAAAAACAGAGCUUGGUGACAGUGCAGCUCCUGCAGCUGUUCUGGAGAAUGAAGGGGAACACACAGAACAAUAUAUGCUAGAUGUCUCUAGCAAUAUUUCAGAGAAUCUCAGCUUUUACAUUGAUGGAAAGAUAGUGUCAACAAGUACAGUCAGUAGCUGUGAAGCAGCUGAGGUUCAUUCUGGGUCUUCGACUUUAGUUAGACUGGAUGCCCUGAUUCUAGAUCCUGCCCACAUCAGCCAGGUUUUAAAUACAGAGUCAGUUACAAGCAAAGAGAUACCUGGUCAACCAUUGACCAAGAGAAGAACUGCAACACCACCUCUUUUACCACAAAUUAAAACUGAACUGGAGUCUGAGGUAGUUGUGUCUUCAUCCUCAUCAUCACUUGUAUCUUCUUUAAUAGAGAAUCUACUCCCUCAGAAUACAGAGUCUACCAUUGUGCAGAAGGAAAGAACAGUGUUUCUGUCACCUAAACUUAAGCAGCUCCUGGAGAAGCAGGAUGGCCUUAAACCUACACUUGCCCUCAUCACAGAUGGCCAGAAGCCUUGUUCACCGGUCUCUCUCUCUGUCCUGCCUGCUGGAACAGGGAGGUUUAAAAGAAGGACUGGAUCUCCACCAAGCUCCCCACAGCAAAACCCAACAUCUAAUGAGGAAGAUAUAGCAGAUUGUGAUGCUGUAAGCACAGGUCAGAUGGAGACUCAGUAUAGCUCCUCACCUGUGCACGAAACCAAUGAAAAGGAUGACACAACCCAAUCGGUAGAGGAUCCAGCAGUGAAACCUGUCUUGACAGACAGCUGGCGCCCCUUGACUGGUGGUAAUUCCUGUAACCAGCAACCAUUGGAUCUCUCCAAUACAGUCAAAAGAAAUGAACAUGUAGCUUUAGCUGAUGCCGUGCUGGAUUUGAGUUUGCAGAAAAAGACCCCAGGUGAAUCUGAACUGACAUUAAAAUUAGUUUCACAGGCAGUUUUGAAAGAAGGAAAAUCAAAUACAUGCAUGGUGGAGAAAGCCUUAAUAAAUAUUGGAGAACAAAAUGUAAGCCUAGGGAAUCUUGAGACUCCUUUAGUCACAGACUUUACCAUAGUUACUGGUCCAGAUAUAAUGACCCCAGUGGAGCCUGUUGCAGAAGGACUUGUUUAUGGACUUGCCCUACCCCCCAAUUCUCUGACUCCAUCACCCGCCUCCCUUACCCCUAUUGCCUUGCAGCCAGCUUCACCGUGCACUAUAGCAUUUGCUUCCCCAGCGUCACACACCAUGCUCCCUACUGCUCCUUCAUUAAUCACAGUUUUGGCACCACCACCACCUAUUUCUAACCCUUCAAGCCAACCAAUCCAGGUAUUAGCCCCAAAUAUAUCAUCUGAGCCCUUGGUAAUCUGCACAGAAAAUGCAUUAAAUUCUUCAGACUGUGAUUUAACUGCUGCAUUUGCCACUACAAAUUCUGCAAACCUUGUCACUCUCUCCCAACCCCUUGACCCGACUCUAAAUCUGCCUGGCCACGUGUUUCUCACUGAUCAAAUAGCUCUCAAUCCACCUAUAGUUGAGUCCACUCCUGUGUCAGAAGUGCCAUUCACACCCACUGUAACUUUAAAUGAUUCCCUCAUCAACUCUUACAACAUUACCAGCAACACAGUGUUGAUAGAGUGCACAAUAGCUCUUGAAGCCCCAGGAAGUGUAGUCCCUGCUGCAAUUACCUUACAAGAAAACACUGCCGUGCCUCCAGCAUCUUCACAGAUGGUUGUCAAUCACAUAGAACAGCAACAGAUUGUAUCAGUACCCAACCCUCCAACUGUGGACCCCACUAUUCUUGUGUCCUCCAUCGCAGAAUCAGUAACUCUGUCCACCACCACCUCAGCGAUAUCUGAUUGUUCUACUGUGGGUGAAUCAAGUCCUGACCCAGAGCCUGUUGUUAAUGCAGAGCCACCAACCACAAAAGAGGAGGAAGCUGAUGACAGUACUGUUUCCAUACCUGAAAUCCCAUCUAAAACCUCACCUUCUUCUGAGAAAGCUGAAGAGGACGAAUCCUCAAACAACACCCCAGAUGAUGCACAACAGCAGACUUUCACCAAGAAUUUCAUCUGCAAUGUGUGUGAUAAGCUUUUCCAUUCAAUGAAAGAACUUGGCCAUCAUGUAGGUGACCAUGCCGAUGAAUGGCCCUACAAAUGUGAGUUCUGCGUGCUGCUCUUUGGCAAACCCUCCGCUUUGCUUGACCAUCGAUCAAGCCUCCAUGGUGUUGGCAAGACUUAUGUUUGCAGUUCAUGUACAAAAGAAUUUGUCUACCUUUGCAAUCUGAAACAGCAUCAGGAAGAAUUACAUCCCGGCCAGCAGUGUACAUACACAGAAGAAGAAAAGGGAAAGCUAAGACGUCAGAACUACAACAACUCAACAAAAGUCAACACGGAGUCUUCAGUGCCCGAUGCUCCAGAAGAACCCAAGAAACUGGUGAAAAAGGAAGAAGGUGAAGUAGAUAUGACUGCUGAAGAAUUGUUUACAACAAUAAAAAUCAUGGCCUCAGAUGGAGGUAAAAUCAAAGGGCCUGAUGUUCGUCUUGGCAUUAACCAACAUUAUCCCAGCUUUAAGCCCCCUCCAUUUCCUUACCAUAACAGAUCACCCGCUGGCUCAUUGGCUUCAGCCACAAACUUCACCACCCACAACAUCCCUCAAACCUUUAGUACGGCUAUUCGGUGUACCAAGUGUGGAAAAAGCUUUGAUAACAUGCCAGAACUACACAAGCAUAUCCUGGCUUGUGCAAAUGCCAGUGAUAAAAGGCGGUACACACCCAAAAAGAAUCCCAUCCCACUACGCCACUUUGCAAAAACUCAAAAUGGAGUUCUAUCUACCACUAAUUCUACUAAUGGACUAAAUGCUUCAAACAGACCCAGCCAGUCAAAUAGGUCCAAACCUAACCAAGAAUCACCAGUAAAGGUGAAGUUCAAGGUACUGAACAAAAGGAAGAAAAAGUUGGCCCAAAGGGUCAUGCCACAGAGGAACAAGUCAGUCUCUUCAUCAAAUAAAGUGUCACCUGCGCAGGUGGAUGAGCAGCAGGAGAUUUUUGUCUGCCCACACUGUAGCAGGGAGUUCACAAUGCGUCGCAGCAGAACCAAACACAUGGCAGUCUGCCCCAAGAAACCUAAAGAGGUGAAGAAAAGGAAAGAAGGAGGGAUCUCUGUGACAAAGGAAAAUGAUGGACACCUGCAUAGAGGGGUUGAAGAGAAACAACAAGCCUCACCUCAUCAUAAAACAAGACUCCAAACUUCUGGCCCUGCUAAGAGGCCCGCCAUCCUACCAGUGCAAACUGUCUUUUCAAACAAAAGAAGUAAAAUAAUUAUAAAAGAGAGCAUGCAGCCAAAACAAGAGACACCCACUCUCAAUGAACUUCCCAUUGUUCGCACUUUCAACCCCUCUAUGCGUCAGUAUAGCAGAGUGCAGCAUAGCGUCAAAGGAAUCCCCAUUAAAAUCACCAUAGUGAAACCACAACAGACUGCACCACAGAAGGAUGAGCUGCCUCCCACCCAGAGCCGAGAUGAAGCCACUGGAGCUAUUACCAACAGCUCUGAACAGAGUCCUACAACUUGAGGACUACUCAGCAGCCCACUCAGCAGGGGAUUGUCAGGUACCUGCUGUGUGGAACUCCUCAUACAUACUUGCGUCAUAGUGAUACUAAAGGGAGAUAACUGCUGAUCACACUGUAAACCCCAUGGACAUCAUACUGUACAAUAAAUGACUGAAUUGAAGACGGAUAAAACAGACGACUAAGGAUACUGCAGUGAGUGGAUGUGUUUAACUGAGUAUUUGAAUGCUUUUGUAGUGCUUGGAGUUUUGUAAAUUUCUCCUUCAUUUCGUAAACUUUCUGUCAGCGGCUUGGAUUUGCACUUUGAAGUGAAUCUGACCGCUACAUGUCACAAAUUGGAGAGGAAGCAGAAGGAAUUGAGCUGGAAGGCUGCUCUCAUUUCAUACUUUGUGGGUUAUUUAGAGAAGAUGGCAGGUGGCAAUCAUUUUCAGCAUGCAUUUGCACUUGUUCUUAUCUGUUGUCUUAAUGCAUGCUGUGAGCUUGUACGACCGCUAGGCCUACAUUAAUUUAUGAUGGAUUCUGUUGAUGCACUUAGGCCUUAAACACUGAAUCUGGUGUUGCUCUGUUGGUCUGAUUGACAAUAACCAGUGUAAUUACAUGGAAGACACAUCCAAAUUGCUUCUAAAUACAAAUCUACAGAAUCAUACAAAAGUAACACACGCAAGCUACCUAUCAAAAUUCUUGUUAAGGAUAUCAGCACUGUUGAUUACUAUUAGGGAAGUCAGUGUUUUUAUUAUUGGUGUGAAUGUAACAUUGGUAGAUUUAAUGCUACAGCCUUUGCAAAUCAAAAUGGUAUAUAAUCUGAUUGGCCCAGUUGCUAUGUAUUUGUAUGACAGUUUUGAGAAAAAAAUGCUUUUUAUGUGCCAUCAAAUGUAUAUAAUAUGAAUAAAUGUGGUAUAAAGGUGAUGAAGAGUAAACAUAGUUUAGUGUUUCUCCACAUAUGGAAUUUAUUUUGGUUGUCCACCCAAAUAGAUUAAUUUGUUUGUCUCUUCAAAAGUCUCUCUGGAACUGCAGUUGAAAGUGAAGUGCAGAUUACUUAAAAAGAAUGCAUUGAUGUGCUAUCACAUUUUGAAAAAGUGCUUCCCUAUGCAGCCUAAUCUCAUGUUGGAUUUUGGAGUUUGUAGGCUACCACAAAUAAAUUCUCAACUUUUGUGAAACACUGCAGUUUGGUGUAUUUGCACUGCAAUCCCAAUCAUUGCCACAGUAACAAUAGUUCAAUUCUAAACAGCAUUGACAGAGCCAACUCCAGUGCUUGGCCUCACUGCAUUUCUUCUGAAAUCCUGAAAUAUUUACAGUAGUCCUGUUCGCUUAUAGGCUUUAUUUUGCACCUGUUUCACCAAACACUUUAAAGAACUAGAAUUUUUUUAUAUAAUUUUUUCCCAUCCAACCACAAGAAAUGUUCAUAUUAGAAGUACAGUCUGGUUAGGUUUGUCAUCUGUAGCGUAUAAGCAUUUCAUCAUUGCUUAUAAUCUGUAUAACAGUUGUCAACAGUUUAUUGUGUGAUUUAAUAAGUGUGUAUAAUAAAUUCCAACAUGUAUAAAUCACAAAAUGGAAAUGGAAUAUCAAUUAUGGGGUCAUUUUUGCUGGUGCCCUGUAGUGACACGUGCAAAUGUUUGUGGCAAGUUGUCACUAAUCUCAAAGAGUGAGUGUAAUGCAUUGCAUCUGUUUGAUUUAAAUUGUUAUAAGCUACUAGUUUGAAGAUCCAGUGCUAUACAGGGUAGUUAUUUCAUUAUGAUUGAAUUGAGUUAUAUUAAUUUAGACAAACUAAAACCUGACAGUGGCCUGUAUCUGAGAGAGAGCGAGUAAUCGUACUUUUAUUUGACAUUUUUGCCUUUUCAACCCUCGCUGGUAAUAUUUCUUUUAUUCAGACAGACUGCAAUGUGUUGGAUGUACAGGACCGUUUGGGAGACUGUUAUUUAACUGUGAAACGUGCUUGUAGCAUUUUGAAGUGUAAAUUGAGUCAUGUAUAUUUAUUAAUAAUUUAAAAUCAUGUUAUCAAUCUCUGAACAGUUUCUCUGUAUGAUUUGCACUAAAGGUUUUUCAAGCGAGUGUUCAAAAUAAAUGGAGAAUGUUAUGGUUA